AUGAAUUCGGGUUCUGCUAGAGAUUACUAUUACCCCAGCCAGCCCGAGCCGUACCGUGACUCGAGGGACUCGCUUCAGCACAGCCGGAACCACAACCAUCAUCAUAGUGGUUCAAAUAGUCACAGUCAUAGCCACAGCCAUGGUGACCGCAAAAGCUCACACCACCGGAAGAGCUCCAAGAAUAAUCGCAAUCCUCACCACGAUCGCCAUCUCGCCGAAGGAGCCGCAGUUGCUGCGGCGGUUGCCGAGGCCGUUCACCAUCACCGAAAGAAGGAGGGAGAGGACGUGAGCUCUGGAUUUGGUCAUAUUAUUCGAACUGUGGGUGCUGGUGCGCUUGGAGCUGUGGCUGCCAAUGAAAUUGAGAGAGCACAUGAUGCGCAUCGCAGCAAGAGAGAACAUUCAUCGAGUGGACGUCAUCACAGUCAUGAUUAUGGGCACCAUGGGCACCAUAAGAGAUAA